AUGGGCACUGGCGUCUUCGUCACGGUUACCGUCCCGGCGGACAAGGUCGAGGAGUUUUUGAAGGUGAUGGAAGCAGACGUCAAAGGGUCUCGCGCAGAAAAAGGGUGCCAGCGCUUUGACCUGUUAGACCUCGGUGACAACAAGUUUUCUUUCUACGAGGUGUACGAGGACGCUGACGCGAUGGCGCACCACAAGACGCUGCCGCACUACAAGGGAUGGGCGGACUUCAAGGCUGCCAACAUGGACACCGUGGGUGCCUCACAGACUGUGGUCAAGUUUGCGACUGCUGGGCCCUUCCCGUGA